AUGGCGAGCUCCAAGCCGGAACAGCCCGACAGCCCGCCCAAGCACCUGCACGUCGGGGCCAUCAACCCGUUCGCGCUGGUGGAGGCGAUCCUGGGCCGCAAGGUGGACUGGGACGAGGCGGCGACGCCGCUGUUGCUGUCGAGCAUCCUGCAGACCGACUAUGAGGAGCUGUUCGACAUGCGCUUCAACUCGGUCCUGUACGCGGGCAGCCGGCUCAACGAGCGCGGCGACGCGGCCGAGCUGAUCCCGACCAAGGACAUGCACACGCUGACCGAGCACGACCUGGUCACGCCCGACUUCUCCCGGGUCGAGAAGCUGGGCGACCUGACCGACGUGGGGCUCAAGGACCUGCAAGACAUCAAGGUCAAGCACGCCAUCAUGUCCAACGGCAACCUGCGGCUGACGCUGGAGCCGCGGACGCUGGGCAAGACGCUGCGCAGCUCCCAGGUGACGACCACGCUGCGCGAGCUGUGCACGCCGUACCGCAUGCACAAGAAGGAGGAGUGGACGCCGCCCAACGGCAGCUGGGUCGACAUCAGCGCCUGCUACCGCCAGGACGCCACCAUGUUCACCAACCCCGUGCAGGGCGCCGUCGCCAACAGCUGGCUCAUCGCGGCCCUGAUGAGCGUGGCCUGGUCCGACCCGGCCACCAUCGAGCACUGCUCUCGCCGCUCGCACAAGGCCGGCGAGUGCUCGCUCAGUGUCAAGCUGUACAGCAAGGGCGGCGACAUGGACGCGCCGACGUCGACGGUGACGGUCAACUGCGAGCUGCCGACCAACAACUCCAGCUCGCUGCUCAUGUACUGCCGGCCCAGCUCCAUGGACGUCAUGAGGCCGGCCUGGCUGCGCGUCUGGGGCGGCGACAUCUGGCCGGCGCUGUACGAGAAGGCGUUUGCCAAAUGGCUGACCUCCUCCUCCUCGUCGUCGUCGGAGCAGCAGCAUCAGCACCCGGACCUGACGCAGACGUCGUACGGCGACCCGGUCAAGGCGAUGGCGCAGCUGACGGACAAGGAGCCGCAGUACUUCUUCACGGCGCGGCGGCGGGCGCAGGACCUGCUCGGACUCGUGCGCACGCACUCGUUCAACCUGCGGACCAUCUACCCGACGGUGGCCUGGACGCGGCCGACGGACGCCACCUUCCGCGGCUGCACGCUCGUCGGCAACAUGGCCUACUCGGUGCUCGGCUGGGCGGCGCCGCAGGAGCGCAAGCAGUACGUCAUCCUGCGCCACCCCUGGGGCGUCACCGAGCCCGAGGGCGUCACCAGCUACCCGGGCCUGGUCGCCGCCGUCGACGCCAAGUUCUGGCCCCCCAUCGAGCUGGUCGACCGCAACGGCGUGUUUGCCAUCGAGAAGGCCGUCUUCAAGGAGUACUUUGCCGGCAUGGGCGUGGCCAAGUGA